AUGUUUGGGAUGCUGAAAGAUCACCUCCAGCCCAGCUUUUUCUUCUUCUUCGUCUGCUUUUGCCAUCUCAUGGAGCAGCAGAAAGUUCAAGCUGGUAACUGCUGGCUGCAGCAGGGCAAGAACGGGCGCUGCCAAGUGCUCUACAUGCCCGGCAUGAGCAGGGAGGAGUGCUGCAGGAGCGGCAGACUGGGCACGUCCUGGACCGAGGAGGACGUCCCCAACAGCACGCUCUUCAGGUGGAUGAUCUUCAACGGCGGAGCCCCCAAUUGCAUACCUUGCAAAGAGUCGUGCGAUAACGUGGACUGCGGGCCGGGCAAGAGGUGCAAGAUGAACAGGAGGAGUAAGCCGCGCUGCGUUUGUGCGCCAGACUGCUCCAACAUCACGUGGAAGGGACCCGUGUGCGGCUCCGACGGCAAGACCUACAAGGACGAGUGCGCGCUGCUCAAGGCCAAAUGCAAAGCCCACCCGGACCUCGACGUGCAGUACCAGGGGAAAUGCAAAAAAACGUGCCGCGACGUGCUGUGCCCGGGCAGCUCCACCUGCGUGGUGGACCAGAGCAACAACGCCUAUUGCGUGACGUGUAAUCGGAUUUGCCCCGAAGUGACGUCGCCCGAGCAGUACCUGUGCGGCAACGACGGGAUCGUGUACGCCAGCGCCUGCCACUUGAGGCGGGCCACCUGCCUCCUGGGCCGCUCCAUCGGGGUGGCCUACGAGGGCAAAUGCAUCAAAGCCAAGUCAUGCGAGGACAUCCAGUGCGGCGGCGGCAAGAAGUGCCUUUGGGACGCCCGCAUGAGCCGAGGCCGCUGCUCCCUCUGCGAAGACACGUGUCCGGAGAGCCGGACGGACGAGGCGGUGUGCGCCAGCGACAACACCACCUACCCCAGCGAAUGUGCCAUGAAGCAGGCCGCCUGCUCCGAGGGGGUCCUUCUGGAAGUCAAGCACUCGGGAUCUUGCAACUCCAUCAGAGAAGAACAGGAGGAGGGUGAGGACGAUGAAGACUACAAGGCUUAUGUGAGUUUAUCUUUACUGGAUGGAUAG